GAUCGAGCCACAGGAACAAACACGCCUGAUUUUCUUCGAAUUCUCUUGUCACAAAGACACAAAAGGUGAAGUGACGUUAAAUAGCAUCUUUGGUCUUUCAUCUGGUCAUAGUAACCUACCGAACCAGCAAAGCAGGCGACGUCCCUUUUCARCGUUAAAAGACCCUGUCAUGAAGUCCUACUUGAUCAUUGUGUUUGGGAUACUUCUACCAUGUACUUGUCUAGCUGACGAGUUGUUCACCUCACAGAACCAAUCAUUUGUUUCCGCCGACAAAAGAGUCAUGGACCCUGUUUCAGCUUCUCUUCUUACAGUGGGACCUCUGAUAGCAUCUUUUUGGUCUGCUAUACAAAAAGAUACAACACUCAAACUGCAAAUACGGAAUGACUUUUCGGACAYGACCGAACUACAAACUCCUAGUUGGUAUUUGUUACACGGUUUCAUAUCGAGACUUCCCCCACCAGUCAUCAAGAAUGGAUUGGAUGAGAUGCAAUUCGACAAAACUCCAGGUGGGAAUCAAGGAACUGAAGGAUUGCUAGCCUACAACAUAUUUACCAAUGGAAAAUUGAGUGGCAUUUUACUAAUUAAAUGGCGAGUACCGCAGUUUGGUAUUUACGAAGAUAUUUCAUUCGCAGUAUCGGUUGAAAAGCCGGACAAUAAAAAUGAAUUAAACGAAGCCAAUCUCAAGAGCUGGUUCAAWAAUAUGGCAUUGGAAAAAGCAAGUCAACAUCACAGCUAUUUCAUCAAGGAUUCCCAACUUGGACAUCAAGUGUCUAUUGCAAUGGGAACACAAAGUGUUCUAACUCUCAAAGUUGCAAUUAAGAAUAAAGCUUAAGGUUUUUAAGUUAUUCAAUUAAAUCAUCAUUAAAACAGCUUUAGAUUGCUACAAAAUCUGUCUUGCCUACUCCCAAUGAGAAAUUCAAUAAAGAUCAUUAUGCAGCUCAAUUCUA